GUGGCAGCCUAGCUAAGUUGGCAACACUUUAGUAAAGUCGAGCAACAGUUGUUGUUGAAACGUUGGCUGCGCGCGGGGCUCAUUCCGGUUAAUUAAUUAAUUGUGAACGAAACAGCGAAGUGGAAAUGAGAAUUAUGCCCGCUCGAGUGUGUGCGUUUGCGUGUGUGCGUGCGGGAGCGUAAGCAGCAAUUACUAUUAUGUGCGGCCAACUCCCAAAAAUGAGAACAGGAAUGAAAUGAAAUUAACAAACAACAACAACAAAAAUAUGAAUGGAAUUGUGCAAUAAAUUAUGUUAUUUAAAUAAGCAAAGCAUGCAAAUGUGAACAUUUAAAAUUGCAAAAUCAACUACGUGUUGCUUCAAAUCAACUAGUUGUUUUUAUUGUUUUUGAUUUGCAAAUUCGCGUUGCGUUUUCUUUUUUUGCGCCAACGAAAGUGUAAAGAAACAUAUACGUAUAUGUGUUUGUGUGUCGUGUGAUUAUCAAAGUGUGUUUGUGUUUGUGGUAAAAGUUAGCAGCAACAACAAGAAGAAGAACAACAACAACCAUUCAAGAUGACUGUGUGGAGUGAGUGCAAUGCUAAGCACUCAUUUGGCAUUGCCAAAUGCAACUUUGAUCAGGAUACGAAGCCACAUCGACUCAAUUUGGAUGUUGGGGAUACAGUCAUAAUUCUCAAAGAGACCACACAUUGGUACUACGGCUAUAGACAAAAGGCGAAGGAAACAAGAGGCAUCUUUCCCAAGAGCUAUGUGCAUCUGUGUGAAUAUAAUAUUGUAAAUGGGGAGUAUUGCAUGCAGAGAACCGAUAUCGUUGAAGAGAUCACCAAAGUCUUGCUGGAGUGGGGAGGAAUUGCCAAGAGUUACUUUCUGAGCACAAAUCCCAGCUUUCAGAAGAUUCGUCGAAAGAUGAAUGAGCUUAAUAAUAAUCGAUCUGCAUUAAUAUCCGGCAAUCUGCCGCUAGACGAGAUGCGCAAGGUGAAACUGCAGGCGACGGCUCAGAUUGACACUGGGAACAAGCUGCUCGGUCUGGACAUGGUCGUGAGGGAUGAGAGUGGUGACAUCUUGGACACCAAUGCCAUUUGCACCACCGAGUUGUAUGAGAACCACAUCAAUGCGGUGCAACGCAUUGAAAAGGCAAAUCGCCUGUCCAGCGAUCGUGACAUGUUGCGGGGUCACAACAAAUAUUCGCACAACAUUCUGCUGCAUGUGAAUGCAUUUGUGUGCAAAUUCAUGGAGGAUUCGGAUCUGCUUUUCACACUCUUUGAUGGGGACACACACAAACCGAUCAGUGAGAAUUAUGUGGUGAAAUGGUCACGCACCGGCAUUGCCCGCGACAUUGAUCAGUUUGAUAAUAAUCGUGUGCUCUUCACCGAUCUCAGUCGCAAUGAUUUGAGCAUCUCCAAAAUGUAUCUGGUGUGCUAUGCGAUACGCAUUGGAUCCAUGGAGGUCAAGGACUCCACAGAAUCGAAGCGUACCAGCAUGAGUAUUGCCAACAGUGUCCUCACAGCUGCCAGUCGUAAACAUUCCCAGUUAUCGGUGAAUUCGACGGGAUCUGGAGGCAGCACAAGUGAAUAUCUAAUGCGUCGUCCCUUUGGCGUUGCCUGCAAGGAUCUGACACCGAUCAUUAGCAAACCCGAGGAUUUUCGUGGUAAUCUUGAUCUGCCCUUUAUUAUGUGCGAAAAGGAUACUUUGGAUGGCACACUGCGUAAACUGAUCGCCAACAAGGACAUUGAUAAGAUCGAAUCGAAAAUGGCCGUGACCUUUGAGGUGCUGCGUGGCGAUAUUAAACAAAUCAAGGAGGAUUUUCCACGUCUGGUGCACACCAAUGUGCCUGUGGCACGUAAGAUGGGCUUCCCCGAGGUCAUACUGCCGGGAGAUGUGCGCAAUGAUCUCUAUUUGACCAUUUGCAGUGGUGAAUUUGCACGCAUUGCCAAAACAUCGGAGAAAAAUGUGGAGGUCACAGUUUGUGUGGCCAAUGAACAGGGUCAAUUGGUGCCAGGUGUGAUGAGCAUCGGGGCUGGACAUGCACCGAUCGAUGAAUACAAAUCGGUUGUCUAUUAUCACGACGAUAAGCCCAAGUGGCAGGAGACCUUCAAGAUUCAUGUGCCGAUCGAGGAGUUUAAACAAUGUCAUCUGCGCUUUACACUCAAACAUCGCAGCAGCAACGAGCAAAAGGAUCGUUCCGAGAAACCCUUUGGCCUGGCCUAUGUGCGUCUCAUGCAGGCCAAUGGCACUACCAUUCCACAGGGUCAGCACAUUCUCGCCGUCUACAAGAUCGAUCACAAGAAGUACGACAAGACGGUGGCCAACAGCUACAUGGAAUUGCCCGCCACCACAGCCGAACUCCAUGGCACAAAGCCAUCGAUGAGCGGACUCAGUCUCCUGCCCAAGGAUCAGCUCACCAUUUGCGUUAAUCUCUGCAGCACGAAGCUAACACAGAGCGUGAGCUUGCUGGGACUGUUGAAUUGGUCGGCGCACAAGGAGAUGUUGGAGCAAUCGCUGAAUGCUUUGUCGCUGGUGCCCGGAGAGGAGGUGGUGAAGUUUCUGCAGGAUAUACUCGAUGCACUCUUUAAGAUACUGGUGGAGAAUGAUGAGCCCGAGAAGUACGAUCAGUUGGUCUUUAUGAGCAUUAUACAUUUGAUUGAAACGGUUUCGGAUUUAAAAUAUCAACACUUUCUCACUGUACUCGAUGUUUAUAUCAAUGAAAGCUUCUCCGCCACUUUGGCAUAUACCAAACUCAUGGAUGUGCUGAUGCGGAAUAUAAAAGAUGCCAUUACUCCAAGUGAAAAGUCAGCCGAUGGCAUUGAAUUGGAAGAAAGUGCCGCUGUGCAUCGUCUCUAUAAGACAACCCGAUAUCUGCACUAUGUGAUGAAGUUUGUCAUCAGAUCGCGCGUAUUGUACGCAGCAAUGAAUUGCAAUACGGAUUAUGUUGAUUUUGCCACGAGAUUGCAGGAACUACUCCAGAUGUUUAUCGAUAUGAUUGAUUGCCCCAGCAAUCUGUUGAAAUCGGAGGGAGCCUUACUUAAGAAUCUGCACAUUAUAGCCACCGAUCUAAUGGAAGUUUUCGAUCAAAUGCAUCUCAGCAUUUCAAUAGUAAAGAUUUUGGAAAAGUUUCCGAAACGUCGUCUAACCCAAUCAAAAAUGGGCUGCAUUAAGGAUUUUGUGGAAACAAAGUUGUUUAGCUCUCCGGAAUGUCGUUCUAUAUUAUUGCCGGUCUUCUGUAAACACAUUAAAGAUCAUCUCGAGAGCAACGAUGAGGGUGACUGCAAAACCGAUAUCUGGCAGCAAGAAAAGAAUCUUUCGAAAGCCGCUAAAGUGCUUGGACAAAAAAAAUCCCAUCUGCACACACGUGAAACGACUGCCAACAAAAAGAUCGCCGAGUGCAUCAACAUAAUGAACAAUAUACUUAAAUUGCUGUAUCGCUCCGAUGUGGGACCGACUCAUAAUGAUGUUAGGGACAUUAUGAUUAUCCUGUUGCGUCAGGUGAUGAAAGCGGCGCAUACUUUGGAUCGGGAUACGGGAGUUGUGGGACAAUUUAUAGCCAUUAUGUUGGGAAUACUACAACGCAUGGAUGCCCAGCAUUACAAGUAUUUUGUGAAUGAUUUGCAUCAACAGGACGAGCUCAAGCAUUUUAUUAUUGAAAUCUUGCUGGUGUUUGAGGAACUUGUUUCACCGCAUCAAAAGGCGGUUUUUCCCCGUGAUUGGAUGGACAUGAUAAUGCACCAGAAUACGGUCAUACUUGGAGCAUUGCAACAACUCAGUAUGGUCAUCACCGACUAUUUUCUCUGUCCGGUAUUUGACAAGCAAAUCUGGUCGAAUUUCUUUCAAUGUUCAAUUGCAUUUCUGGUUCAAUCGCCAUUGCAAUUGAACGAUUUCAAUGAUAAUAAACGGCAAAUAGUCUUUGCUCGAUAUCGGGAUAUACGCAAGGAUACGGCAAAGGAGAUACGUAAAAUGUGGUUCCAGCUGGGAAAACAUAAGCCCAAGUUUGUGCCCCAACUUGUGGAGCCCAUUCUGGAGAUGAGCAUGAUACCGGAGACGGAAUUGCGCAGGGAAACCAUUCCCAUCUUUUUCGACAUGAUGCAAUGCGAGUAUUACAGUUCGCGAUUGGAACUGGAGAGCUAUGGCGACACCAAGCACAAUAAUGCCCAUCACAAGGGCAAUUUCUCCGAGUUCAAGACGGCCAUGAUCGAGAAACUUGACAUACUCAUUGGCGCUGGCAAGGGCGAUGCGGAGUACAAAGAGCUGUUCAAGAAGAUAAUGCUGGAAUAUUGUGCAGCCCACAACACACUCAACGUGGAUGGCAGCAAUUUUGUGGCGAUGGUAACCAAGUUGAUGGACAAAUUGUUAGAGUAUCGUUGCAUAAUCCAGGACGAAAGCAAGGAGAAUCGCAUGGCAUGCACUUUCUCACUGCUGCAAUUCUACUCGGAGGUGGAUCUCAAGGAGAUGUACAUACGCUAUGUGUACAAAUUGUGUGCUCUACAAAUGGAAUUCGAGAAUUACACCGAAGCGGCAUUUACACUGAAACUGCAUACGGAGCUAUUACGCUGGAAUGAUACGGAAUUAUCGCCACAGUUGAGGAGUUAUCGGCAUAGCAACUGUCGCACACAUCGCGAGCUGAAGGAGGCGCUUUAUUUUGAGAUUAUGGACAACUUUGACAAGGGAAUGCAGUGGGAAUGUGCUAUUGAUAUGUGCAAAGUGCUCGCCCAGCAAUAUGAGGAGGAGAUCUAUGAUUAUAUUAAGCUCGCCGAGUUGUUGAAACGCAUGGCGCAAUUCUACGAGAAGAUCCUGAAGGAGCUGCGUCACACUUCCGAGUAUUUUCGGGUGUGUUUCUAUGGUCGUGGUUUUCCACGUCUGCUGCAGAAUCGUGUGUACAUAUUCCGGGGCAAGGAAUAUGAACGUCACAGUGAUUUUUGUUCCCGCCUGUUGGUGCAACAUCCUCAAGCGGAGCUAAUGCAAACACUGGAAGCACCGGGCGAGGAUAUAACCCAUGGUGAUGGGCAAUACAUUCAGGUGAACAAGGUGGAACCCAUUAUGGAUGCUGCAUUUGCCAAGUUCAAUGACAAGAUCAUCUCCAAUGAGAUUGUCAAGUAUUUCACCUCCAACAAUGUGCAAAAGUUUCAAUUCUCGCGUCCAUUCCGCGAUAGCACUGGAGGUGGAUCCAUGGAUGAUGUGCGUAAUCUGUGGCUGGAGCGGACCGAGCUGAUUACCCAGUUUCCCUUGCCGGGUAUUCUACGUUGGUUCCCCGUUGUCGAUACGCAUACAUUUAAGAUAUCGCCGCUGGAACGUGCUGUGGAGAUAAUGAAGGAUACGAACAAGGAUAUCAGACAAUUGGUUAUACUAUAUCAGAGUGAUGAAAGUCUGCACAUUAAUCCGCUCAGCAUGAAGUUAAAUGGCAUCGUUGAUCCUGCUGUCAUGGGUGGAUUUGCCAAAUAUGAAGAGGCUUUUCUCACCGAUGAAUAUCUGGAACAGCAUCCAGAUGAUAAGGAUCUGGUUGAGGAGCUCAAGGAACUGAUUGCCAUGCAAAUACCCUUACUCAAUAUCGCCAUUCGCCUGCAUCGCCAGAAGGCGCCGGAUGACUUGAGAGCAAUGCAGGAUCAUCUGGAGUGUUGCUUCUCGGACAUGAAACAGCACGUGGAGUCGCGUUAUGGUCGCAAGUCGUGUGAUCUGAAGAUUGAACGGGAUUCGGUGAUUAUGAGACGCACAAACUCCUUUCUUCCAGCACUCUUUGACAGCAGCAACAAUCGAUUGUCCGAGACGAGCAUGGGAUCCUCUGACAGCGGAUUGUCCAAGUCCACCUUUUUACCACGUCCGCCCACCAACUCCAUCAAGUCGACGCUAGCCAGCUUAAGUUUCAAUACCAGGCCACUCGGACACUCACCUAGCACCAAAGGCAAUAAACACAAGGACAAAACACCCGCUAAAAGACGAUCCAUGAAGAAGGAUCGCGAAACCUUAAGUUUGCCGGUGGCCAAUUGCCAGUGGUAUACGCCGCCUUUGACGACCAUAACAUCAACGCCGGAGAAGGAAAUAAAUACAUCUGUCAAUUCAUUAGCUAGUGCAUCCAACAACUCAUUAAGUGGACCCAAAACGCCAGAUCCGCGUGUGCUGACUGAGGAGUUAACACCCAAACGACCGUUGCGUUCGGAAAAGGACAAAGAACGUCGUCUGUCGCGGCCAGCGAGCAUUGCCACGCCCACUGCCAGCAUUAAGGCGUUCGCCGACACACGAUCGCUGUCUGAGAGCAGCAAUCGCAACUCAGUUGAAACAACCGAUUCGACAUCGGAAGAGGAUAUACGACCGCCGCCAUUGCCGGCCAAGACACGCGACUCUACGGAUUUCAGCAGUCUGACACACAGUCUGGAUUGGAAUCCCAAUGGUUAUAGCAUGUUAAAUGUGCUAAGCAGCAAUACAACGACAACAAUAAGCAGCAGCACAACAACCAUGACAAAGACCAGUAUUACCAAUAACACUUAUGAGUAUCUGGAGGCCACUAACUUCAGCAUACAGGGUAUCAACGAUACGAGCAAACCGCGUCCACCAACGCCGCCGCCGAAGCCAUUGCGGCACAGUAAACACAUUCCAUGAGAACGAGACGAGACGAGACGAGCCAUAAAAAUUUGAAAAACUAAUUAAUCAAAA